UUUCUGUCCCUCUCCUCGGCACAUCAGUCUCUCCUCUAACAUGCAGAAGAAUUGUUCUCCAUGAGUCUCACCGCGUUACUGAUGCCCGGAUCUCUGCGUUUAUGAAUCUCAUCACACAGUUCGUUUUAUAAGGCUUGGAUUUUGAGGCACGAGAGAAAAUGGCUCAAAGCGUGGUCCUUUUUAUAUUAGGGCUAUUCGGCAGAUCUCUCGGUGGAUUUCCUAACCAGAUAAAUAUAGGUGGGCUCUUCAUGCGCUCUACGGUUCAAGAACACAGCGCCUUCAGAUUUGCUGUUCAGCUCUACAACACCAACCAGAAUACGACUGAGAAACCUUUCCAUCUAAAUUAUAAUGUAGAUAACCUGGAGUCCUCCAACAGUUUCUCUGUCACACAUGCAUUUUGUUCGCAGUUCUCCAGAGGCGUCUACGCCAUCUUCGGCUUCUACGAUAAGAAGUCUAUGAACACGCUGACCUCCUUCUGCGGUGCCCUCCACACCUCUUUCGUCACGCCCAGUUACCCGAUCGACUCGGACGUGCAGUUCGUCAUUCAGAUGCGCCCGCCGCUGAGGGGUGCCGUCCUCAGUCUUCUGUCUCACUACAAGUGGGACAAGUUCGUCUACCUCUACGACACAGACAGAGGAUUCUCCAUCCUUCAAGCUAUUAUGGAGGCAGCAGUGGCAAACAACUGGCAAGUAACUGCACGCUCGGUGGGCAGUAUAACAGAUCCCCAAGAGUUUCGCCGUAUCAUCGAGGAAAUGGACAGGAGACAGGAGAAACGUUACCUCAUCGACUGUGAAGUGGACAGAAUCAAUGUCAUUUUAGAACAGGUUGUGACACUUGGGAAGAACAGUCGAGGAUACCAUUAUAUUAUUGCCAAUCUGGGCUUCACCAACAUCAGUCUGGAUAAGGUGUUUAUGGGUGGAGCAAACAUCAGUGGCUUUCAGAUUAUCAAUCCUGAAAACCCUGUUGUACAACAGUUUCUUCAGCGAUGGGAUCGUCUGGAUGAAAGAGAGUUUCCAGAAGCCAGAAAUACACCUCUGAAGUAUACUUCAGCACUGUCUUACGAUGCCAUCCUGGUUAUUGCGGAGGCUUUCCGCUACCUGCGACGUCAGCGAGUAGACGUGUCCAGGAGGGGCAGCGCAGGCGAUUGUCUGGCUAACCCCGCCGUCCCAUGGAGCCAAGGCAUUGACAUCGAAAGAGCUCUCAAAAUGGUCCAGGUGCAGGGGAUGACUGGAAAUAUUCAGUUUGACAGCUUCGGUCGCAGAUCUAACUACACCAUUGACGUUUAUGAAAUGAAAACAGGGGGACCGAGAAAAAUCGGCUACUGGAACGAGUUUGAGCGCUUUGUAAAUAUUAUGGACCUGCAGUUCGGCAACGAUUCCUCCUCAGUGGAAAACCGAACAAUUGUGGUCACUACUAUUAUGGAAGCACCGUACGUGAUGUUCAAGAAAAACCACAUGCAUCUGGAAGGCAAUGACAAAUAUGAAGGCUACUGUGUCGAUUUAGCUUCUGAGAUUGCCAAACAUGUUGGGAUUAAGUACAGACUGUCUAUAGUCAUGGAUGGAAAAUACGGUGCCCGCGAUCCUGAAACCAAGUCGUGGAACGGGAUGGUGGGUGAACUUGUCUAUGGGAGAGCCGAUAUAGCUGUCGCACCAUUGACCAUCACACUCGUGCGAGAGGAGGUCAUUGACUUUUCCAAGCCCUUCAUGAGUCUGGGCAUCUCCAUUAUGAUCAAGAAGCCUCAGAAAUCGAAGCCUGGCGUCUUCUCCUUCCUGGAUCCUCUAGCUUAUGAGAUCUGGAUGUGUAUCGUGUUCGCCUACAUCGGCGUCAGCGUGGUCCUCUUCCUCGUGAGCCGCUUUAGCCCCUAUGAAUGGCAUUUGGAUGAGAGUGAUGAAGCCAAAGACCCCCAGACUCCUCCGGACCCGCCUAAUGACUUUGGGAUUUUUAACAGCCUGUGGUUCUCACUGGGGGCCUUCAUGCAGCAGGGCUGUGAUAUCUCACCAAGGUCCUUAUCGGGCAGAAUAGUAGGAGGCGUCUGGUGGUUCUUCACCCUCAUCAUAAUCUCGUCCUACACGGCUAACCUGGCUGCUUUCCUGACAGUAGAGAGGAUGGUUUCUCCCAUAGAGAGCGCUGAAGAUCUCGCCAAACAAACAGAGAUCGCAUAUGGCACCCUGGACUCAGGAUCAACCAAAGAGUUCUUCAGGCGCUCGAAAAUAGCAGUGUACGAAAAAAUGUGGUCGUACAUGAAAUCGGCCGAGCCCUCCGUGUUUGCCAAGACCACACCCGACGGGGUGGCGCGGGUACGAAAGUCGAAGGGCAAGUUUGCCUUUCUCUUGGAAUCCACCAUGAACGAGUACAUCGAGCAGAGGAAGCCCUGCGACACCAUGAAAGUGGGCGGCAAUCUGGACUCGAAGGGCUACGGUGUGGCAACCCCCAAAGGCUCAGCAUUAAGAAAUGCUGUUAACCUGGCAGUUUUAAAACUGAAUGAGCAAGGCCUGUUGGACAAAUUGAAAAACAAAUGGUGGUACGACAAGGGAGAGUGCGGCAGCGGGGGAGGUGACUCCAAGGACAAGACAAGUGCUUUGAGCCUGAGCAAUGUGGCUGGUGUCUUCUAUAUUCUGGUUGGUGGAUUGGGGCUGGCCAUGAUGGUGGCUUUGAUAGAGUUCUGUUACAAGUCACGUGCAGAAGCAAAAAGGCUGAAACUUGAAAAGAACGCCCAAAACUAUAAGCCAGCCCCUCCAGCCAACACUCAAAACUUUGCCACGUACCGAGAAGGCUACAACGUUUACGGAACAGAAAGCGUUAAGAUCUAAUGCACAGACUCAGAGCCUUGCAGCGUUGUGUGAUAAUAAUGACAAGAGAUCUUACAGAGACGGCUGGAUCUUUAGGAGGGGAUCUUCGCCCGCCUCUCUCGCCCACUCUCCAUACACAUCAAUCCCAGCCUCUCCUGCCCACGCAGACGCUGCGUGAUAAUCCAAGACGACGAUCCAAGCGUGGACUGUUGGAAGAAUUGGAUAAGACUUCUUCAGUGCCUUAUGGAAUAUUCAGAGAAUCAUACUGAUGCUAACUCAUCGUGGAAACACCGCAUCGCUCAAAUCACACAAACACGUCAUGGGUCAUUAUCUGUGAAAUAAUCUCUGAAUACACACAUAACUUCACGGAAACCAAGAAACGAAGCCAUCAUUUGCGAUUUUAGCACAUUGAACGAGCCAAUCUGACUUCUGAAAACUUUGUGAAACCUGCUUGUCAAGCAAACGGGGGAGCCGCUUCAAUACAUCAACUGUAAAUUUGCUUUCACAAUCAUUAAAUGGGUGUAUUAAUUUAUGGGAUUUGGAUUAUUUCCAUUACAGAUCAGGGUCAUUGUGAAUCAGAUAUGAUAUGUUAAAUAUUGUGUUUUUAUUUCAACUAUAUUUCUCAAGAUGUUCUCAGAAGCUAUAAACCCAAUUUGACUGACGACAAUAAUUGUGUUUACACAUCAUCUGGCCUACAAAAAUCACCCAGUUUCAUUCAUACAUUACACAACGCACACACACACACACACACACACACACACACACACAUCUGAACAUCUUGUAGUUAACACAGCAUUUACUGUAUAAGAAACUGAAACUAUGAAAUGGAUGACAUUAAUGUAGAUAAACUGCACUUCACUAAAUGGCCAUGGCUUUUAUGAUGUAGUAUUUGAUUACCUCACACAGUUUACCUGAAUAUAAUUCGCACAUGAACUUGAGCUUUGAGACUUAGUUUCAUUUGAUGAGCAUUAUUAGUGUUUGGUGAAUUAUUUAGAAAACAAAACAACUAAGACUAAUAACAUUUACAAUAGAUUUAUAAAGGUGAUAACAGGGGAGGCUUAGCACAUUUACACUUUGCCGUUACACUGGUUUGUGUUCGAAAGCAAACUAAACUGUGAUUCCAGUGGGAUUCAGGAGAGGAGAUUUACCCUGAAUUAUCCACCGCCAGAUCGUUUUAUAAUGAGAACGUGGAAAACACAACUCCAUGAAUUGUACAGAGAAAUUUCUAGUGAGGGAUUCACAAACCACUGACUGAAUUCCCAAGUUUUCUAUCUGCAUGCGGAAAUUUGUGAUUGCCGACUAAAGCCCUGCGACUUCCGUUAGAUUCUAGAGAGGGUUGGUAGAGAGUCGAUUUCAACCUUCAUAUGUUCACCUGCUCCUUACCUGUAAAACUGCACUUCAGAUCAGGGUACACGGACAGGCGGCAGACUAAUAUAAGAAUGCAUGCAUGGGUAUCACUUCCUAAGCCCUGAUAGUGAGGCCUUGU